AUGGCUGUUCGCAACACUCAGGUCGCUUCUUCCCGCUCCAAGAGCCGUAAGGCUCACUUCAGCGCUCCCUCCUCCGAGCGCCGCGUGAUCCUUAGCGCCAGCCUGAACAAGGAGCUCCGCGAGAAGUACGGUGUCCGCUCCAUCCCCAUCCGCAAGGGUGACGAGGUCCAGAUUGUCCGUGGUUCCAACAAGGGCCGUGACGGCAAGAUCACCUCCGUCUACCGUCUCAAGUGGUGCAUCCACGUUGAGCGCGUCGUCCGCGAGAAGUCCAACGGCCAGAGCGUUCCUCUCCCCAUCCACCCCUCCAACGUCGUCAUCACCAAGCUCCACCUCGACAAGGACCGUGAGGAGAUCCUUGCCCGCAAGGCCAAGGGCCGUGAGGCCGUCAAGUCCGCUUAA